AUGAUGUCCAACUUGUAUGGCAAUCCUCACUCAAGGUCUUCGUCCUCGCAGCGAUCAACUAAGCUGAUCGACGAUGUGCGACUCCGAGCCCUGGCUUUUUUCAAUGCUGGUCCAGACGAAUAUGAUCUUGUUUUCGUGGCAAACGCCACCAGCGCGAUCAAGCUGGUUGCUGAAUCCUUCUGA